AUGGCUGAACUCAGCGGUACCGAGCUGAAACGGGAAACUCCAAUUCAGAGGAAGGUCACAUGCUGGACAGACCAAUUGCUGGCCACUCUGCAGGACGCUCUGGAUGACACGAACUGGGACAUGUUUCAGUGGUUGGCAGAGAUUGCUAACCUGCAGGAGUACCUGGAGAAAGAGGACAUCGAGAAGGACUGGGACCGGCCGGUGCAGAGACUCAGACUCCACCACUGUGGGGUGGUCAGGGACACAUAUUUGCAGCUCCCCAAUGGGGGCCCACUGGAGGAAGAGGAACGUGCGGAGGGUAUUACGGAUGCGGGAGAACCUGGGGGAAAGGUCGGGGUGGACGAGGGGCUUUCCGGCAGGGUCAUUGGGCCAGAGACUGUCAGGCACCCGGCCCCCCAGCAUCCAGAGGUAGAGGUCAAGGAGGACGUGGACAAGGAACUGUUCAGGCCCCUUACCCACAGGUGGCCCCAGGAAGACAAUAUCCAGCAGGAUACUGGGAAUCCAGGGAGGGGGCCGAAUGGGGCCCGGAAUGACAGACCCCACAGGGAGGCCCUGACAGCCUGGAAGCCUUGGAUCUCCUUACUUGAACCCUACUCCCCGCCUCCUGACCCUCCUCACGUCAUUUUGUAUUAUGACCGUCUUGGGGAGUUCCACGAGAACCUUGAAGGAGAACAAUGGUAUGUUAUUACUAACUACAUCUACGUCGCUCCUGAGGGCGUUGCCGCGGCAGUCCAGUUAACUGAGGCUCAAGAGCCUUGGUAUAGGAUGGGGAGCGAAGCGGUACCACAUGUGUCAUUGGCUCUCCAUCCUAAACAUCAGGCGAAGGACCUGGAGCCUAUGGUCCUCAGGGCUUCACGUGUGACCGAUUGGGUCCCGACUCAGAUACCCAAUUUGUUUUAUUUUGCCAGCUGCAAGACUUAUAGGAUUGAGAUGGACGGGAUUGACUGGACCACCUUAGAGCACAGACCUAUCGCUAGACAUCAUGACAGUCCGACGGGUGUUGGACUAACAAACUGCAUUCCAAUAGAUUUUCAGGUCCAACAGGGGAAUCCCAUAUGGAUCCACCAGUAUCCUCACAAGCAAGUGGCAGAAUUAGGUAUUAGAGACACAAUAGAGGGGCUGUUGCAGGCGGGAGUGUUAGAACCUUCAUAUUCAGCAUGGAAUACACCUAUUCUACCGGUAGAGGAAAAAAAAGGGACUGGGAAGUAUCGUACGGUACAUGAUUUACGGGCUUUUAAUGAUAUCCUCCUGACCACAACUGUUCCGGUGCCUAACCCAUAUGUGGCCCUGACGAAUCUGGGACCCCAGCAUAAGUGGUUUACAUGUAUAGACUUAGCCAACGCAUUCUUCUGUCUGCCUUUAGCUGAGCAAUGCAGGGACAUCUUCUCAUUCACAUUUCAGGGUCAUCAACUCAGAUAUUCUCGCCUCCCUCAGGGGUUUGCAUUAUCCCCAGGUUUAUUCAAUCAAGUGCUUAAGGAGGCAUUGGGUGAGUGCUCCUUACCACAGGACACCAUAGUUAUACAGUACGUAGAUGAUUUGAUGAUUGCGGCUCCAACCGCACAGACAUGCCUGAUUGGGACUCAAACAGUACUCCAGAACUUAGCUGACCGGGGAUUCAAAGUUAGUAAGGACAAACUGCAGGUAACCAGAACUCAGGUUUCCUUCUUAGGCAGGCUUAUUUCCCAGAAGGGAGCCGGCAUGUCCCCCGCACAUCGGUCGACGAUAUUACAUCACCCUAAGCCUGAAAAGGUUAAAGACAUGCUCUCUUUCCUUGGUCUCACCGGCUACAGUCAUAAUUACAUCCCUGACUACGUGGGCCUUACACAGCCCCUCAGACGACUGGUUACUGAACAAGGUAUGCGAAAUCUCACCAACCCUCUUAAUUGGAUGGCAGAUGCCAAAAAGGCAUUCAUGGCAUUGAAACAACAGUUUGCUCAAGCUACGGACCUCAGCACUCCAGACUACGCUUUACCGUUUCAUCUGGAUGUUUCUGAAACAGAAGGGGUUAGUAAUGGGGUUCUAUUUCAGAAAAAAGGGGGGGUGAGGAAAGUACUCAUGUAUGCUAGUGUAUUACUCGACCAAAUGGAGAAACGGCACCCAAUGUGUACUGAGCACGCAGCAGGAGUGGCAAAAUUGAUUCAGAAAACGGCCCAUUUAUUCAUGGGGCACCCAUUGCAUGUACUUAUAACACAUAGUGUUGUAGCAUAUGUGAACUCACAAGCAUUUACACUCACUUCACUGUUUAAAUGCUCCAAGCGCAGACAUGACGAGCGUGAAGAAGUGGGCGCCUUCGCCUAUCCGGGUCCUACACCUGUCCGCCAGGCUCUUCUCACACCCACGCGCUUCCAGUCAGUGGGGGCAGCCUCCCACGACCCCCGCGCACAGCACUUCUCGCGGACGUGCAAUGCUGUGCACUUCCUGCGUUGGGUGUGUCAGAUGUAUGGGUUCGGCGUGCCACUCUACAACAUGCGCUAUCAUACCAACACCAAUGGCUUACUCUGUGUCAACUACAGCAUGCUG